UAAAUAGUUUUUAAGUUCUAAUAGAUAAAAUGUUUAUCCGUAAAAGAGAGCGAGAGGAGAAUAAAAGUGUCAGUCAAGAUCAGUCCUGGAACUCUUUGCUCCAGAAAAGAGCAGACCGUAAAUCCAUGCUUGAAGGAUGUAUUCGGGAUACUCAGAUGCGGGAAGCUUUAAAUAAAUAUGAGAGUGCUUGUAUCGAGAUGAGAGUUUUAGAAAAUCAGCUGAGGAGUCGGAGUAGGUUUGAAGGAAACACGACGGAUUGGAGAGAACAGGAAAAGUCUGAACAUGUAAAUAAAUUUAGGAGUACAGCCGCCGGUCAGCAGAGGUCAAGGGCGGAGCCGGGGGCGGGCAAACGGAUUGAGGAUCGGGCGGAGCUACGAGAAUCUACAAAACAUCCGUCAGGACAGCACGACAGACGGGAAAGAAGGCCUGGGAUUGGAACCACAUGGAGAAUAAACCCCCAGAGCUUCGUGGUUCAGCAAACCAGUAGAUCGGAGCUAGAGGAGCUAGAGUGGAACCUGCUCCUACAGCGAAGAAGAGCUAUAAAACGAAAUCUAGACUCAUACAAGAAGCAGAAUGUCGAGGUUACAAACUCUCCGGAUUCUGAAACCUACACGGAGAAUUAUUUCUCGCGCAAAAACAUCCUGCCCAUGGGAGACAAAACGAACUUGGAUAGUUCGGAUAAAUGUGAAAGCAGGAUAUUUUUUCAAACCGCUCCUUGCUCACACAAUACACAGUCAGUUCGGAUAAAACCUCUCCAACCUCCGGCAAUCUCGGAGCACAUAAAACCGUCCGAGGAACCUAACUUUCUCAGGGUACCUCAUUUAUCAGAACCCCAACCUGAGAAGGAUAAUAAACCAGAGAAACCUUGUAAACAGUAUCAACUAACUUAUCUUAAAGCAAGCGAUCAGAUACUUUAUAUCUCUCCAAUUCUUAGUGAGUCUACGGGAUACCUUAGUACAUAUCCUAACCCUGCUCUGUAUCCAGUUAAUCCAUCAACAGCUUUUCAUCUCAGUUCUUUGUCCUGUGUAUGUACAGUGAUUCAGCAGACCGUAGAGCAUAUUCAGAUAUUUGACCGAGACACCACACAACAGCUUGAAACUGUUCAGAUUAAAUCUGAGGAGAAGGAACUGUCGGAGUUAAACAAUUAUGUUUCAGCUCGGAAACCUGAAGUGUUAACACUGGAGGAACAGGAGAAUAUAAGCCAGGAGAAAAUGGCAGAAAUCGAGCUUUUAGUAGAUCUUCCGUCCAUACUACAGGAUACAGUUGAAGACAGUAAUGAUAAGAUAGAUAACUCGGAUUCAGAUUGUGAUUCAUCUGAUUAUGAGUACACUGAUGCUACUGAAUCCGAGGAUUCAAGUUGUGAUUCAGGAGUUGGGUUGGCGGAGAAGAAGAGAGUCAAACCUGCAACAGUUCCUGAAGUUUUCCUCACUUCAUACUUUCCAGAGGUUGAUGAUCCAUACAGUGAGAAGGAGCUGGUUCCCUUCAGUCCAGAGGAGGAGAGGAUGGAGAGGGAGCUCAGAAACUGGAUAAAUAGUAUAUCAAACCCGACCAACAGUAUAAUCAAGGAUCUACAGGUCAAAUAUGAGAAGCUGUUGCCGAGGUGUACGAGGAACCCGGAGCCGGAACCCAAGAUCAGGUUCGUCUCCGGGACCAGGGACGAGGAGAACAGGUUCCAUGGGGAGGCGGAGAUCUAUUACGAGAACGGAGAUUACUACUGGGGGGACCUUGAGCACGGUUCAAGAGAGGGGAUGGCGAGCCUUGUCUUGAAAAAUGGGGAUAGUUUCAUGGGACGGUUUAAGGAUAAUCAGCUCCAGGGAUUCGUUCAAGAGACUAUUAGUUUAUGUGACAGGGAUAAUGUGGUUAGAGAGGUUUUUUAUAAGAAUGGAGUUCGUCAUGGAUUCUAUAGAGAGUUCGGGCCUACUAAACAGUUCUGGUGCUUCGGCAGGUUUAAUAACGGUGAGAAGGUUGGAGUACACUGGAGAUGGGGUCGAGGUAAUGUAUAUAAUGUCGGAGAAAUAGACCUGGAGAAUAAACCGGAAGGAGAAGGAAGUCUCUACCUGUAUCCGGAUAUAAAAACUAUUAUCCAAGGAGAUUAUGAGAAAGGACGGAUGAGGACUGGUAGACUCGUUAAGUUAAUAGGAAUAAGUAAGGAGUACGGAGUACCUGUCCCAGAUGUUCGUACCUUAAACAGUUCUAGAACAUAUUCCUACGAACCCUCGUCUUCAAAUAUAAUCACAAAACAUCCAAUGCUUAGGGAUCCGUACGAGCAGAGGUAUGUGUACGUGAAGGACUCUCUUGUCCCUGGGGCCGGAGAAGGUCUCUUCGCCAAGGUUCGUCUCCGUGAAGGUCAACUCUGUUCUCUCUUUAAUGGAAUACGUCAACGACAUCUGUGGGGUGUCAAGGGAGAAAACUUUGUUUGGUCAGAUUACAGGAUAGCCGUGGAUCGUGAUCUAGAUAUGGAUAUAAGGAAGAGGGAUGAAUCUCUGCUAAACUAUAGAGCUACAUUAGCACACAAAACCUGUCAUUCAUUCACUCCUAACGCAUGCUUUAAUCAGCUCUGGAAUCCCAGGUUUGGAUUGAUCAUGUCUGUGGUUGCGAUCAAGGAUAUACUACCUGGAGAAGAGAUCCGUGUAUCCUAUAACUAUGAGAUACCGAAGGCUCCACAGUGGUAUCAGGAGAUAUGGUUCCAACAUCUCCGAUAUGAGCUGAACUGGAGUGAAGAAGAGAUAAACAGCUGGGCAGCCAAAACCUUUAGGAAAACUGGAAACCUUGUCCGGAUACCUCCACCACCUAGAGAUUCGUCCAGGUUUAUCCCCUGUGGAGUAUGUGAUGAACAUGUUGGGGCGGAUUGUAGCUCCGUGUGCUGUGAAACCUGCUCUACCUGGCAUCAUAUUCCCUGUACAAAUAUCAACCUGGAGGAGGCCCUGGAUCAGGGGAACAAAUACGUUUGGAAUUGCACUUCCUGUACAACUACAUAGUACGGGGGGGGAUAUGUACUUGUUGGAACGUAGAUCUGUACCCGAGUUCGUGUAAAAUUGAGUGCAUGACAGUCGUGAUGACAGAAGAUUUUAAAAUCAGUUUACAAAAUUACAAAUUGAUCAUGAUGAUGACACUUAUACUCUCAAAAUAAAUAAGAAGUAUUUCAACCCUUAUUUCAACGGAAGAAGUUGUGUUGAAACUUGAAAAACAAAAUUUAAAAUAACCUUCAGUUUAAUGUGAUGAGGGGAGGUGUUUAAUGUAAAUAUAAAAACAAUGUGAUAUUAGUUCAGAGUUCCAUGAUUUGGAAUAAUUUAUAUAGUUUUAUUAGAAUAAUAUAUUUAUGAUUUUUAGUUGCUUGGAUCAUGAACGGUUGUAUUGAAAUAACAAUAAAAAUAAACGAGA